AUGUCUUCAUCCUACGAGACUCAAUUUCUCCAGCAUGGAGUAUCCCCUUACGCACCCACAACUGCCGCGGUCGGAGGUCGACCAACCGUCGACACAGAUAUGCCAGCGAUCUCCGUCUUCCUGCUGCUCUACAUCGGUGGUGCGAUCUCUAACAUGACGAUCUUUCAGAUGAACAGACGCAAAGGGCACAAAUUUUUAGCCUCUUGGGCAAUGUUCGGCUUCUGCAUGGCUCGCAUUGUGAGCUGUGUUUUGCGAAUUGCAUGGACGACCAGAAUCCAGAACGCUCGCCUCGCCAUCGCUGCAUCCAUAUUCUUGAAUAUCGGUGUCAUGGUUGUUUACGUGGUUGUUCUGGUCCUGGCGAGCCGCGUUCUCAGAGCCACUCAACCACGACUUGGCUGGAAUCUUAUUUUGAGGAAAGCGAUUAGGGUUUCUUACGUUGGCAUCAUUGUCGUCGUCAUCCUGCUAGUCGGCUUCAUUAUCGCAUCUGUCGAGACUCUUGACCACGGCGUCAGAACAGCAUCUCUCUGGAUCCAACGAGCAUCGAACCUUUACCUGCUCCUCCUCAACUGCAUUGCACCAAUUUUUCUCCUUCUCUCAUGCCUCCUUCCAACAGAUCCCGAGAGCGAGAACUUUGGUUCUUGCAGCAUGCGCACCAAACAAAUCAUCCUUACUUUCGCCAGUUUCUUUUGCCUCUUUAUCUCUGGUUUCCGCUGCGGAACCAUCUGGGCUACACCAAGACCAGCAUCAGAUCCUGCCUGGUAUGACCACAGGGCCCUCUUCUACAUUGUUCUGCUAGGUCUUGAGAUUGUGGUCAUCUACCUCUUCAUCUUCACUCGCUUUGACCAAAAGUUCUGGGUUCCGAAUGGUAGUGAAUGUCCAGGAGAUUACUCGGGAAGAAACGAAAAGGGGAAGGACGUUGCUGAUAAGAAAGCAGCAUUCGAUUCAGACGUACAAUCCGUGUAA